CUUCAGAUCGGGACACCCUCAAACAUCCAAGAGCUGAUGGAAGACGGCUUUGGCCAGGCGUCACCUGCAGAACUCAAGGCUGUGAGUACUUGCAUUUUCUACUACUCGUCGUUGUUGACGCUUCGAAUUUUUAUCACACUCUUAUUGUUGUUGAUUGUAAAUUCAAUGUUGAUCUUGAUGCAAUUGAGGAGUACUAGGUUCACGGAUGAAUCAGUGGAUAGAUGAGGAGGAACGUAAAAAGCUUGCGCUUGACGGCCCAGGUAACAAAUAACAGGCUACGACGCACGCUCGUAAGCACUCCCGUAAAAACUGAACAAAUGAUCCUGGCCCAAAGUUCAGCAUCCAUUCAGACAACAUCUUCAAACUUCUCGCAUUAUACCCAUAAUUUUCUUGAAACAGGUGAUAUGUUCGCCGACAUUAUGUCUAACGCGUCUGACCGGAAGCAGCGGGAUGCAGAUGAUCUAGACAAUAUGCUUUUCGGAGGUGACGCUGUUGACGCAUUCGCUUCGCCACCAGUCCGCGAAGGGAUCGACGCUAGCAAGCUUGGAAGCGACAAUAAUUUCAUAGCGCAAUCCCUCCAAUUGCCUUCGUCCCGUCAGCUUUCCGUAGGCAAAAAUCCGGCCUCGGGGAGUAGACCCCGCUCACCGCUGCAACACAGAAAUCAGGAGGCUUCGAAGGGGCAAGACCGCCUUUCGGGCGCAUUGCCGCCAGUAGACAUGGAGAUCGAUUUCGAAGAAGGCGUUGAUGACGAUGCGGUAGACGUUUUUCAACAACACCAGUCACCUUUAUUCGAACAGUUAGCGUCACCAGCAUUUGGUCUUGGUCGUGAUCGGAGCCGACCAGCACGCGGAAGCAGCGCCGCAGCACACCGUGAUCCAUUGGGGAUGGGCAACGGAGACGAUGACUCUAUUCCUGUCGACGCCCACAUGCUCCAAUCGCUGAACGCGAGUGACCGCAGUCUCCUCGUCGAGCAUCUGGAGCGCAGUGGUCAGUUGCGCGAGGCCACGCGCGAAGAUAUUAUGCUCCUAGAAAGUGGUGGGAAUCUCGAUCUCUCGCUCCCCAGAUCCGAUGGUCCGAAAGAUGGAAAUGCGAAAGUAGAGCGUGCCGUAGACAUACAAACAGAUGAAAUGAAGGGAGGUCUUAGCUCACCCUCAGGAGGAGUUGACUUGAAUGCAGUUCAGUCGCCGCCUGCUAGCGCCGACCGGCGGGCUGCGAGCCUGCACACGUUACACGGCAACGAUAUGCAAAGUCGAUUACCGAGUAUUGUCGAAGGACAGGGAAAUAAUGUGAUCCAACACAUAGCAGGUCUUGUAGCCCCACCUGCAGCUGGAGCGGGAGAAGUCGCAGUGGCGCAGAACAAGGCACUGAUCGGCCCUGGCCUUAACAGCGAUGGCUGUGCUGCAUCGCCAAUUCAGGACUUGCGUGCAGCCGCGGGACCCCGACCGGUGGUGAGCCUCGGUGGAGAUCGCUUUCCAGAAUUGCCGCCACUCUCUGAAAUCGCGGAAAAACGCCGCAAACUAGUGGAGGAGCUCUUUCCUGGGCGCCGUUCUUCUUUAGACCACAGGGAGAACAGCGACGGCAAUGACGACGACAAAAAGGCGGCAGGGCUUCGGGCACGCACAAGCUCCUCCAUAUUGAUGUUUCCGCGGCUGUCGAACGACAACCUACUACCCGCUGAUGCGAUCGCAGGCGAAGACGCAGGCGCACGAAAAGUAAGCCGAAGAACAGACUCCCUCAUCGAGAUUCAGGAGCCUGAGUUUCCUGAUUUGGACCUCGGUUUCGAUGCGCCUGACCUUGUUGAGGGAUUACCAGAUUCAGAUAAAGCGAAAGACAAGGACGAGAAACCGCCACAAGCGCAAGAUGCAGCUCGCGGCCGUGUGGCCUCUGAUGAUAUUCAAGAUCUGCGGGGCGGAGCAAACUCGAUUGAUCGUCCUAAUCUGAUGUCUCGCAGUAGCGGUUUCGCAGCUGCUAGUGGCAAUAAUAUCCCUGCCGAAGCUGGUUCUCCUCCCGUCUCGCGGAGAUUACGCUUAUCACCAAUAGCGGUACUCCUGCACAGCUUUCUUCUGCUUGUUUCCUUACGUCUUUCAAUGAUAUGGAACUUGAUUUUCAAAUAAAUUCAUUCAUUCCUUUUCAGAUCAUAGCAAUUAUAUCAGAACCUCUUGAACCUGCGAAGUUUCUUUUACUCUGAAAAAACGUGGGUACUAGCGCCAAUUCUUCAUCUUCUAGGUAUCGAUCCUUUCGAACAAGCGAUUAUCGCCUGCUGAAAAGCGUUCGUUUCUGGCAGGUCUUGAGACUCCACAAAAUUCACAAGAGUUGAGACACUCGCUUCAACACAAACGAACUUGGUCCGGCGCUGGCAGCGUAAGACGGGACGCAAAAGACGACAGGAAUUCAGACAGCCAUAUGACAUUUUCACAAGGGCUGGAGGAAGAUCCGAACUGCCUUCAUGCAGCCUUCGGCAGCCAGAGCAGUCAGGGAGGGCUGUCGCAAGGAGUUACACCCGGUGGUAUGGACGUGUCAGGCGGUGGACUUUCACUCGGUGCCGGCCCGCUGGCACUUCCCUUCGGCGAUGUACCUAGUAGCCAGAAUCUUCGUGGAGCGCGCAGUCCAUCAGAGGACGCGGUGGACCUGGACCUCGCGGGUCGCGACAAUCUUGCCGCCUACGAGCUGAACUACCGCACCCGUAGCCGGAGGCAACUGGCUCAGAAUGUUUUGUCACAGCACGAUCGCGCAGAUCCGAAUCACCUGCUACAAGGUUUGCAAAUGGCCGACAACGAUCAUCUGCUUUCUAAGAAGGAUACCGAGUUCGUGAGCAGUGCGCCCAAGUACCAAAUGAGCCUCACUCCAGGAGGUGGGAUCGACGUCGGACUGCAACCCGGACAACGCGAGCUGCAGCCGCUUGAUCCACAGCUGAUAUCGUCGUCUCGUGCCGAUCGACGAGGACAAAACCUUGUCCCGAGCGGGGCGGUGUCGGACGCGAUGGAAAAGCCAACACCAGAUAUUGACGCGCUGAGCCAAAACGGCCUUCUGCGUGAAAAUAUUCAUGCCGGUGGAUAUCUAGACAUGGGGCAGGCGAGCUCCGCGCCAUCCUUCCCAGAGCUGGGCACAUUGCCUUCGCCACGAUUUGGGGAUGUUGGAAGCGGCACUCCUUCACUUCGUAAUUCUGGGGUAACGACGCCUGGUCUUCAGGCGGACGAAAACGAGAAGGACGUACUCAUGGGAGCAGGCGCCCGACCACUGUCCGUCUCAGGGAUGGCAGACGCAAGUUUCCUGCAAGAUGGCCCGCAGCUUGACAACAGCUUUGUGCUUGGUGGAAACGGUCCUCUGGCGCUUGUGCCAGUCGCUUCGGCUGCGAAGCGCGUCUCAGUCAGUCGCUUUCAAUCCGUCAGGAAAUUCGGCACGCCGAGUAACCAAUGGGCGACCCGCGGCCCGGUGACUGGCGCAAAACCCGACGAAAGCUUAAUUCUGAACAGCGGCGGUGGACCAAAGGGCGUGGAUGCUGAUCCCUUUCAGCCGGAUACCGCUGCCAGACCGAACGCACAAGGAGUACGAAGGAAUCGGUCAAGGAAGAGUCGCGCUGAACUUGCGCAAGAGAAGGCACUCCGAAAAAAGUCAGCGCAUCUAGUUCUCACAGAUGCGCAUUUGGACAAGCAGAAAGCAUCUCGGCAUGACUUCACACGCUUCAUGCUGCGGCAACCAGAGAUCGAAUUAGAAUUGACACUAGACCUCGCGAUGGCACCAACAAUUAUGCCAGCCACGCAUGCGUUUGCACCACUAACCCGUGACGUCCGACGACAAAACACGCUGUUGCGAAAUCGACGCCGCCUGUUCGCACUCGACCACGACGCCGAUUUCAUAUCGGCUCAGCGGCCAACAUUCUCGCACUUCUGGGCCCACAUUCAGAACGGAGCUUCUGCGAAAACGGUGGUGCGGGAUUCUAGCGACCAAGCUGGUGCUUCGAAAAAGCAACAAACCAAAGACCCGCACCUCGACCGGAGCGUCGACGUAAAUGGAUCUGCUGGAAUGGACGUGGAUUUCGACGCUGACAUAGACAUGUCAAACCUUCCGCACCACAAUUCUCUUGGAGGUGAUCACGAGCCACAAGAUCGCGAUGCACUAGGAGGAGCGUCGGGGCACGGAGGUGACGGCUUCGUGGGUAAAAUGCUUAGUCCAAGCAAGGCGGAAGGGUUCUCAGGCUUCGAAAAACUAAUCGCACCCGACCUCUCGCAGUUGCCAACGCCGCAGCUGGCCAGUCACGACGGCGAUCCCCCUAGUAGACGGUUGGGGCCAGAUGUCGACGCAGAGCGGUCUACGGAAGAUGAAGGGACCGGAGGGCAAUUUGAAGAAACAAGGGCGGAUGUGACAUUCGUUUGUGAUUUCUCUCCGUCAGACCGUGGAGGAGGCGCUGGUAUGCCUGUGACGCCUGCGAGCGAGGGCGUGGACGAGCAGCCUGGGGCCUCAGAAAACUUUAAUUUUCUCACUGAGGGAAUCGAGCUAGCGCCAGGAGGCGACGAGUUGCAGGAUGCAGAAGCAAUAGAGCGAGAAAUAGAACAAAUGCAUCGAGAAGAGGAUAAGAUUCGCUUGUGCUCACCAGUCGUAGCUGGUGGGGCUGUGGGUGCAGGAACGAACUCACUGGAGAAGGCGCACGGGGAAAAGUCAUCCUACCUUCGCAAUCGUCGUCAGAACUUGUUCAGUGCACGUCUUUUUCGACCGCAGUUUGGAAGUAGUUCAAAGCGGCUUUUUACACCGCAGGAACCACGAGAAGACCAAGCAGAUGCUGAUCUUGCGAGUGCGGCACGCGGUAGGCGAAGUCGUGUUCAAGGAGAACACGGUGGGGGAGAUCAUCUAGGUAAAAAACUUGAACAGAGCUAUGCUGCGUCACCCGUUUUCUCAGACGAUAGGAUUAGGUCUAGCGCGGGCCACCGCAAACGCGCGCGAUCCGAGUCUGAGGAAGAUCAAAGAAGCAGCCUCCGACAUGUUGACAAUCGACCGCAAGUGCCUGCUCCUACCCCAGUGCAUGUGCAUCUGGGCGCACGAAGAGGAGCAAGAAGGGACACACCCAUGAUGACACCUGAUCAAGGGUCGCUGUGCGAUGUCAUGUUCUACAUACCUUCGCCUGACUCAGCAUCCAUGAAGACGCCUGUCGGCGUGGUCGAUAACAAGUUGACUCCUGUCGGUAAAGUGCUGGCGCUGCAGCCUGUAGGAGAGAACGGGCGGCUAUCAAAGCGAGCAAGGAAUCUCAGCGCAAAUCAGGAUGACGAAAUGCAACAUUUUCAGGUGGGCGACGAUUUUCAUGUGCAAGACCAGGCUGACCAAGAGCAGUGCCGAGUCAGUUUGCCAGCAUGUAUUGGUGGCCAUAGAAGUAAACUUGGAGAUGUGGGCAUGGACGAUAUGAGCUACAACAACGAAAGCCCCCAUCUUCAGUCUGUUGACUCAAAAGGCACUCUAGCGUCGAUUCCAUCUAUCAAGCUCGACGCCGGACCACAGAUCCAACACAACAACGCCUUGCGGACAUUCAUCGGCAGUGGAUCGAGGAACCAGCUACUCCUGGGCGACUUUCUCGACACUCUGAGCGACGAGGAUGACGUUGGCCUUGCCUUCUACGAGCUCCUUGAGUUGCGCACCGAGGCAGAGGUUGACGUCAGCCAGAGUGCUCCUUUCGAACCAAUCCACAUAACGUCGAGGAUGAGUGCUCUCCGGAUUUGAACCAUGCGUGGAGUUGUUGACAUAGUACAGCGCCUCGCUGCAGUGUCUCUGAUAGAUAACGAAGCUUGCGCAGGAAAGUCUUUCCCGUUGUUAAAAAGAUGGCGUCUGAAACUACUUAAGCGAAUCGUGCAUCUUUUUAUGUAAGAUGAAUAGGGAGUUUUGAUUUCCGCCUAGAAAAUUACACUAUUGAUGCACGAGAACAUUUCUUCAAUUUAUAAUCAGUAACCAUUUUUACACCGUGAUCAUGCCAACCUUGUUUGGUAGUAAGUUGUUUUGAUGAAGUUCUUGAGUUGAACUAUUUGUCAUAUUUCUAACUACGCACAGACGCAAAGAACUUGUUGUUGAUACGUAGACGUUCUUGUAUCUCCGAGAAGUAUAUGGAGGUUUGCUAUUGGUUUUGAUGUUCAAGAUGCUGCAACGCUUGGCAUUUGCUUUGAUGUAGUCGAUCCCAUUUGACUUCCAAAAAUAAACCAAGAAAUAGAGAUGAUCAGGAGCAAGCUUUACCUUUUUGGGUCCCAAAGUUUUCACCAACUUGUAAAGGAUCACGCAAACCAUUUUUGGGUCAUUAUGUUGGAGUCUAU